AUGUCUCCAAAGAAAGGUAAAACCGCAAAAUCAUCAUUAAAAAAAGCAGGCACGAUGGUGGCUACUGCAGCUGCUGGUCAAGAAUUUUUAAAACGAUCAUGGGGUGAAGAUCAAUUAAAUAAAGUCAAUGCUUUACUUGAUGCACGUGAUGAACCAGAUUCAUCUCCAUCGACAUCAACAUCAAAAGCUAAACCAAAAUUAUCCAAAGCACGAACAAUGCAAAAUACAACAAAAGAAGCACAAGCAUUGCUUGGUAAACAAAUACUUGGUGAUACACGAGCUGAAACUAAACGUCGUCAAGCAAGUGCUAAUGCUAAAAAGACACUUGAAAGUGUUACUAAACCAAAAGCUGCUCGUAAGCCAGCUUUAAAACGACUUGGUACAAUGGCUAAAACAGCAACUGAAGGUAAAGCAUAUGUAAAACGAACUGCAAAGAAAACAGCUGGACGAAAACGUACAACUGGUGGACGAGCUAAGAAAUCUACAAAAAAAUAA